GUACUUCGUACUUAACAGAUAUAGUAUGGUGGUCUGGCACUAUUGCAAUGGCUCUGGGUCAAAUAGGGAAUUUCUUGGCCUACACUGCAGUCCCAACUGUGCUAGUGACGCCCUUGGGAGCUCUUGGCGUUCCAUUUGGGUCCAUUUUAGCUUCUUAUUUACUGAAAGAAAAACUGAACAUUCUUGGCAAGCUGGGAUGUUUGCUGAGCUGCGCUGGGUCUGUUGUUCUCAUCAUCCAUUCUCCAAAGUCCGAGAGUGUAACAACUCAGGCUGAGCUUGAAGAGAAGCUUACAAAUCCAGUUUUCGUGGGUUAUCUCUGCAUAGUGCUGCUAAUGCUUCUCCUGCUUAUCUUCUGGAUAGCUCCAGCUCAUGGACCUACUAAUAUCAUGGUUUACAUCAGUAUUUGCUCUCUGUUGGGCAGUUUCACUGUUCCCAGCACAAAAGGCAUUGGGCUGGCUGCUCAAGAUAUCUUUCACAAUAACCCCUCGAGUCAAAGGGCUCUGUACCUCUGCCUGGUACUUCUGGCAGUAUUAGGAUGUAGCAUUAUCAUUCAGUUCAGAUACAUCAAUAAGGCACUGGAAUGUUUCGACUCCUCUGUGUUUGGUGCCAUCUACUACGUUGUGUUUACCACCCUGGUCCUGCUGGCUUCAGCCAUCCUUUUCAGGGAAUGGAGUAAUGUAGGAGUGGUAGAUUUCUUGGGAAUGGCUUGUGGAUUCACCACAGUAUCUAUUGGAAUUGUUCUUAUACAAGUCUUCAAGGAAUUCAACUUCAAUAUCGGGGAUUUAAAUAAACCUAACAUGAAGACAGAUUAA